CUCCCGUGGGGCGUCGGGGUGGGCAGGGUUGGCGACCGAGCCGGAGGAGCGGGGAAAGGCGGGGCCGGCGGCCGCGCCAGGAUCUAGCGUAGCUGGUGCCGUUAGGGCACCCUCUCUUCUCGCUAAACACCGACUCUCCCUCUCCCGUCAGCCUCCAUGUGGCGGUGCGUGUGCGCUUCCCAGUGAUCUUGACACUGAAGAUCGCGAAGGAUCUCAUAGGUCAUUAUUGCUGUGGUUUGAGCUCAGCAUGGCUGUAGUCAUCCGUUUACUGGGGCUUCCUUUUAUUGCGGGGCCUGUGGAUAUUCGUCACUUCUUCACGGGAUUGACUAUUCCUGAUGGAGGAGUGCAUAUAAUUGGAGGGGAAGUAGGGGAGGCUUUUAUUAUUUUUGCAACAGAUGAAGAUGCAAGACGUGCCAUAAGUCGUUCAGGAGGGUUUAUCAAGGAUUCAUCUGUAGAGCUCUUUCUUAGUAGCAAGGCAGAAAUGCAGAAGACUAUAGAAAUGAAAAGAACUGAUCGUGUAGGAAGAGGGCGACCAGGAUCUGGGGCAUCAGGGGUUGGCAGCCUAUCAAAUUUUAUUGAGGCUAUGAAGGAAGAAGAAAGUAAUUCUGGAUAUGGCUCUUCAAUGAAUCAAGAUGCUGGGUUUCAUACUAAUGGUACAGGACUUGAUGAUUUAAGGCCAAGAAAGACAAGGCCAUUGAAGGCCGAGAAUCCAUAUUUGUUUCUACGAGGUCUGCCUUACUUAGUAAAUGAAGAUGAUGUACGUGUCUUUUUCUCUGGCUUGUGUGUGGAUGGAGUGAUUUUCUUAAAACAUCAUGAUGGCCGAAAUAAUGGUGAUGCCAUAGUAAAAUUUGCUUCGUGUAUUGAUGCUUCAGGAGGUCUUAAGUGCCAUAGAAGUUUUAUGGGUUCAAGAUUUAUAGAAGUAAUGCAGGGCUCAGAACAACAGUGGAUUGAGUUUGGUGGUAAUGCAGUUAAGGAGGAUGAAGUCGUCAUAAGAUCUGAAGAACAUUCUCCUCCAAGAGGAAUUAAUGAUAGACAUUUUCGAAAACGGUCUCAUUCAAAAUCUCCCAGAAGAACACGUUCUCGCUCCCCUCUUGGAUUUUAUGUUCACUUAAAAAAUCUGUCGCUAAGUAUUGACAAAAGAGAUUUGAGAAAUUUCUUUAGAGACACUGAUCUGACUAAUGAACAGAUUAAAUUUUUAUAUAAAGAUGAAAGAAGAACACGAUAUGCCUUUGUGAUGUUCAAGACUCUGAAAGACUAUAAUACUGCUCUUGGUUUACAUAAGACUGUUUUACAGUAUCGUCCAGUUCAUAUUGAUCCAGUUUCUAGAAAGCAAAUGCUGAAGUUCAUUGAAUGCUAUGAGAAGAAGAGACCAGAGAAAGAGAAGCCUGGACAUGUUUCACAAAAAUAUUCUCAAGAAAGCUAUUCUGGCCAGAAGCUGUGUAUAUAUAUAAGAAAUUUUCCAUUCGAUGUUACAAAAGUUGAAGUGCAAAAGUUCUUUGCAGACUUUUCUCUUGCAGAGGAUGACAUUUACUUGCUUUUUGAUGACAAAGGAGUUGGUUUGGGAGAAGCACUGGUGAAAUUUAAAUCAGAAGAACAGGCUAUUAAAGCUGAACGUUUAAACCGAAGAAGAUUCUUAGGGACCGAGGUAUUGUUAAGACUUAUAUCUGAGGCACAAAUGCAGGAGUUUGGUGUAAAUUUUUCCUUGAAGUCCAGUGAGAAAAUACAAGCCCGUUCAGAGUCACAUGAUAGAGAUGACCAUUCCCAUUUAUUUGACCCAAAAGACCCACCUAUAUACUCAGUGGGCCCUUCUGAAAACUUUAGGUAUCAGCUAGAGGACUUGAGGCAACUAGAUAACUUCAAGCAUCCCCAGGGAUAUUUCCGACAGCCUGAUAGGCGCCCUCCAGAAGACUUCAGACACUCUCCAGAAGACUUCAGAUUCCCUCCGGAGGACUUCAGGCACUCCCCAGAGGGCUUUAGGCACCCUCGGGAAGAGCACUUCAGGCGGCCUCCUGAGGAAGACUUCAGGCGGCCUCGGGAGGAAGACUGGAGACGGCCUCUUGAGGAAGAUUGGAGGUGGCCACCGGAGGAGGACUUCAGGCGCCCACCAGAGGAGGACUUCAGGCGCCCCUGGGAAGAAGACUUCAGGUGCCCCGUGGAGGAGGACUUCAGGCGUCCUAGGGAAGAGGACUUCAGGCAGCCCCCUGAGGAGGACUUCAGGAGACCCCCUGAGGAGGAUUUCAGGCAUUCCCCUGAGGAGGACUUCAGGCGGUCACCCCUGGAGCACUUCAGACGACCACCCCAGGAGCACUUCAGGCGCCCGCCCCAGGAGCACUUCAGGCGCCCGCCCCAGGAGCACUUCAGGCGCCCGCCCCAGGAGCAUUUCAGGCGGCCACCCCAGGAGCACUUUAGGCGGCCACCCCAGGAGCACUUCAGGCGGCCACCUCCAGAGCAUUUCAGGCGGCCACCCCCAGAGCAUUUCAGGCGCUCCCGAGAGGAAGAUUUCAGGCAUAUGCCAGACGAAGACUUCAGGGGCCCUCCAAAUGAGGACUUUAGGCACCCUCCUGAUGAGGACUUCAGGAGUCCCCAGGAAGAAGAUUUUAGAUCCCCUUCCGAUGAGGAUUUCAGGCAGCUCCCGGAGGAAGACCUCAGAGAAAUUCCAGAGGAGGAUCCUAGACUUCCUGACAAUUUUAGACCUCCUGGUGAGGAUUUUAGGAGCCCACCUGAUGAUUUUAGAAGUCAUCGCCCUUUUGUGAAUUUUGGUCGCCCAGAAGGUGGCAAAUUUGAUUUUGGAAAGCGUAAUAUGGGAGGUUUUCCUGAAGGGAGAUUUAUGCCUGAUCAGAAGUUAAAUUGUGGUUCAGGUAGAGUAACUCCUGUUAAGAUAAUGAAUCUUCCAUUUAAAGCUAAUGUUAAUGAAAUUUUAGACUUUUUCCAUGGUUAUAGAAUCAUACCUGAUUCAGUUUCAAUACAGUAUAAUGAGCAAGGAUUGCCUACAGGGGAAGCCAUUGUAGCUAUGAUAAACUAUAAUGAAGCCAUGGCUGCUAUUAAAGAUCUAAAUGAUAGGCCAGUUGGCCCCCGCAAAGUUAAGCUAAUUUUGCUUUAGAGAGCAUUUCUAAAUUCAGAGUUUUCGUCCCACAGUAUUGAUGCAGUAAAAUGCAUUUUUUAGAAAAGUGUUUUAUUUUUAGUUAUAUGGUGAAACAUUUUAAUUUUGACCUGUGCAUAGAAAAACUGUAAAUAGUAGAAUGUGAACCUGGUUCUUUUGCUUGCAAAUUGCCAUUCAUUUUUUUUUUUUCUAACUUAAAAUUAUAUAUGCUUUUUUUUCUUUGGUAGGGCAGUGUUCUUUAAUUUUUGUUGAUGUUAUGGGUAAACCUCAGACUUGUAUGGAGUUGUAGAUGGGGAAAAUACAUUUUAUAUUCACUUUUAUUUCAUUCUGUAGUCAACGUAUUUUACUGAAACUGUAUAUGGAAAUGGUCAGUGACUAAUUUUUCAGGUUUGGCAUUUUCAUUGCUACCUGCCUGCAGAAUUCAUGCCCUCUGGUCUGAGAUAUAACUGUGUUAAGGUCUCCUGUUAAUUAUAAAUAGUUCAAAAUGGACAGACUGUGAACUUGAAAUUUACUUAUGUAAAAAGCUUAGGGAAUUCUUAAAGUUUCCAUGUUCAUAACUUUGCAAAGUUUUAUAAAAAUAAAAAAAUUGCAACUGAAGAGACUUAACUAAUUAACUUAUUUGUAUAAAAAAAAAAGAAUUGCAGCUGGGUAUUAUGGUUUUUCAACAGCUACAUUAAACUACAUUUAUGAUGGGAGGGACCAAACAUUCUAAAAUAUGUGUAGUUCAACGGUUUCUGCAACAUCUUUUUAAUCAGGUUGAUAGAUUAACAUGAAAUAUUCAAAAGAUAAUAAAAAUAAGAAUGUAAUUACAGGUGCAGGGGGACUCUCAGGUCUAUGCUGGGAAGAAUUUGAUAGAUGGAUAUAGUUUUUCUAGGAAGAAGUUACUGAUGAUUUAUAUAACUUGUAUGUUUAUUUUUAGGUUCUUGUUAUUUUAGCUUCAAAACCUUGUGUCCAAAGACUUACUCCAUAUAAGAUUGUAAGAUUGAUUUUUUACUUGGAUAUUUAACAUUUAGUGUAGACAUUUUGCAAAUACUGGAUUGGAUUUUCUUUACCCAUAGCAAUUUCAAUGACUGACAUUUUUGGACCACUUUCUAUGUGUUAGGCAUGAUAAGUGCUUUAUAUGCACGAUCUCAGUAUUCCCUUAGAGGUAUGGGAUUAAUUAUUUACCUCUGUUUCACAAAUGAGAUAAUGAAGUUUAGAGAGUUAAGCAACUUGCCUGAAGUCACAGUAAGCCAUGGAGCCAUUUUCAACCAAAACAGACCACUGACUCGAGUGUGUUGUUUAAUACUUUCACUGCCUCACUUAGUUAAGUAGUAUUUUUAAUUUCAGGAAGACCAUGCUGGAAAUAUUUUUAAGGGUAAAUGAUAUUUUCUUAUCUUCAUUGUCAGUUUAAAAAAUGAUAAAACUAGGGUGCUCAGACAUUGUUAAACAAGGAGAAAGUAGCUUUAGGAGUUUUUAUAUAUCCAGGGUUUCUCUUGGGAUACUUUAUAUUGGCUUCUAAUUCAAAAUCUUUCAUUUCAUCCAACAUGAUUUGACUUUGCUUGGCCUUUCAUAGUUUGUAUAAAUAUAAAAUUAAUUUUCUUCAAUUCCUUGAUCCAGGGAUUUUCCACAUUGAGUAAAUAAAAUAAUAAAAUUCAAAGUUUAGGAUAUUAUAGAGAUAGACUUAAGUACUUAUUCAGGUAGUACCUUUACAUAUCUCAGGUUAAUUUUCAUUGAUAGAAAUUCAACAGAAGCCCACUUAAAUUUAUGUGGUUAGUAGUGAAUAUUUUGUUUAUUAGUAGAACAAAUUACUUAAUUUGGUUUUUAAAAAGCACCUCAGUGUGGCUCUUUAAACUAGGAAGUAAGGUUAUAGAUAGAAUGAUAAAACUGGAAUAUCUAAACCAAGCACAAUAAACAAAAUAGAAAUCAUAUUUUAAAUUGCUUCAUGAUUUUAGAUGGUUAAUUUUUAUCAAACUUUCCUGAGGAAUGGAUGGAAGACUUAAACCCACUCCACAUAACAUUAAGCCAAAAUAAAGCUUAAAGUGAAAAAUCACCUAAUAUGCAAUUGCUUUUCAUACUGGGCUGGGGUGGGAUGGUGGAGGUAGAUGAGAGGCCAGCUAUGGUAAACACAAGUUUGUAUUUUGCUUUUGAAAUUAAAUGAUGUUAUCUGUAACUUAAUAUUUUUCAACUACAUUAUUAAAAGUUUAUUAUAGAUAGCUGACUUGUACUGGUUGGGAGCCAUUUUUGCCCAUCUCGUUCCCACUUUGCCUCAGUGAUAUGUUGAUAACUUAAAUUGGCCAUGGUAGGAGUUACUUAUGCCAAAUUGGUAAAUGUAGCAUACCAGGGCAUUCCCCUCUGUCACUCCAGAGAACCAGUUUAUUAGCACAUCACAAUUUUAAACAUACAGUGUAUUAAAUCAAUAAUUGCCAUUUCAAAACCAGUUUUCCUCUCUGUCCUGUCCACCAGUGUAUUAGGUACACUGGAAGUAGCAUAUUAAUUCUCUAUGAUGGAACCCGGUGGUAUUUUGUCUUAAAGCCAGACAUUUUGUCUAAAAGGUAUCUAAAAAAUACUAAAUCAUGUUUAGAAAGUAAACCGAAUCCCAUGAUCAGGAGAUAGGGAGUAUAUUUCUGUCAGUCAGGAGAUAGGAAGUAUAUUUCUAUCAGUUACUGAAAACAUUGUUAAGUGCACUGGUUCUUGAUCUACUUAUUAAGUAGAUGAUCCUGUUGCCUCUAUCUUUACAUUAAGUAGCAACUGUUUAGUGGACUGCAUUAGAUACCGCAUUUAUAUUUAUGAUGUGUAAUUAUAUAUGAAUUACUAUCACUUGAUCAGGAUGAUCCUAACAUUAGUAUUCCUACUUUAAGAGAUGAAGACCUACAGGCUAAGUAGCCUGUUGGGUUGAUUACUUGCAGCAGGGAAGCUAAGAAAGGUUUUUACAUUUUUAAAUGUGGCUACAUCUUAAGUGUUUACACAAGUAAGUGUAUAUAACCUUGGUUUUUGCUUCGUGGACCAAUAAAUGUGAAAUACUUAUCAUCUGGCCCUUUAAGAGUAAGUAUGGGGAUGGGGAGAUUAGCUCAGUUGGUAGAGUGCUCACAAAGCCCUGGGUUUGAUCCCCAGCACUGCAAAAAAAAAAAAAAAAAAAAGAGUAAAGUAUGCCAAACUAAGUUUAGUCUAAACAAUGAAACUUAAUUUUAUACUGAUGAAGGUAUCUAAAUUGGUAGUGUUCCUUUUCUUAGAAUAUUUCUUCAAGGUAGGAAGAGUAUAUGUUUUAUUCCAGAAUUAUCUGUUGAUUGCUUCAUGAAUUAGGUACAAAAUGUUUUAGCUGUGCAGGUGAGGCACCUGUUGCUUAAGCAAAGUUAGUACUUAGUAAGCAGCAAGUGAAAUACUAUAACCCCAUUUUUUCCCUCUGAACCACAACUCCAGAUUUACUGAGACAAUAAAAAUCCAAUGAUAGCCUCAGUUUAACAGUAUCCACUUAUUUAGCAUUUUAAAAUGUUUUGAUAAUUUUCUGAAAACAUUGAAAUAAUUUUAUUAGUACUCUUCUCAAGAACCAGUACUUUGUUAAAAACAGAACCAUGAAUGACAAGUCAAAAAAGCUUUCUAGGAAGUCUUUAUUUUUCUGUUGUAAAUAACUGAUUUUUCCAGUUACCACAAAUGAUUUUAUAAAUUUCAUAAUUUUUAUGUCUGACUUGGAUCCAUGAAAUAAAAGAGUAAUUCCUCCCUAAAAGAAAGUGACUAUAUGUCCUUUCAUUAACUUGAUGACAGACUGGCAAAAUUUUGGAGUUUUUAAAUGAUUCAUGGUGUUCCAAGAUAAGGCAACAUUCCAACAAAUUACUUGUCUUCCAAAUUGCAGUACCACAUAUAAUGAUGUAGUAUCAUAGCACUUUUAUUUUAAAACCACAAUUAGGUUAGGUUUUUUUAAAGACUAAAAUAUAAGCUUUAUGGAUAUUUGUAAAACCUGUUGUCAUAGUGUCUCAGUACCUUUAUUGUAUUUGAUUACAUGGUUGUUGAAAACAGUAAAUUUACUAUCAAAUGAAACAUAAGGUUUUAAUAAAGGUAAAAGAAAAGCUUUCUACUGAAGGCUUUGUGGAAUAGAAUUUGUAAUCAUACCUUUUCUGAUGUUGAAAACAGUCUUAAAAAGAAGCUAUGAGGAAUUGUUAAAUCUUUUGGUUUUUGUUAUCUACUAUUGCAGCUUCAGCUAGGUAUAGUGAAUCUGAAAUGCUUUGAAAUACAUAAUUUUUUUAAUGGAACUUACAUGAAAAAAAUCACCACUAGGGUAGGGUAUUGAAAUGACUGGGGCAUACUGUUUUUUAAAACCUUCAUUUUUGGUCAGCAUAAAUUCCUUUAAUUAUUUUUCCAUUUCUAGUAGGAUUUCAUUUUGAGGUGAAACCCAUCAAGUGAGUAUAAAGUCUUACAAUUUAGUAAUCCAGAAUUUCAAGUCAUUUAAGAUGAAAAUGGAAGUAAGGUUUACUUAAAAUUGAUCUUCUUCUGUAACAUCUAAGUCUUCAUCAUCUUCAUCGUCAUCUGCUUGUUGAUCCUUUCUUAGCCGACAGGUAGCUAUCUGUUAAAAAUUAAUAUUUUUGAAAUAAAAAUACUAAUUAAAAUAUUUUUACAUGCUUGGUAUCUUUUUAUAUACCCUUAUAAGGGUACAUAGAAAUUUAUCAUAUACAUGAAAUUAGCUAUUUGUUAGUUCUAGUUGGUUAGCUGCCAGUAAGUACUUCAGUAACAAAAUACAGUCUAUUACAAAUGUUAAAAAAAAAAAAAAAAGUGUUAAUU